AUGUCUGAGACUAGUAUUCCUACAGAACUUUAUUCUUUAGUUUUUCGGUUUUUAGUAGACGCAGGACUUGUAAAGACAUCCGAAACUUUUAAAAAAGAAUAUAAGUCGAUAAAAGAUUUAAAACAAAAAUAUGAUCUAGUUGAAAUUUUCAAGUCUUAUAAGUCUCUUGUAAAUGGUAAAAAUAUUGAAGAAGAAGCUGAUUCUGAUUCUUCCUCUUCUUCGAGUUCUGGGAGUAGCAUUGAAGACUCUACUGAUGAUGAAUCUUCAUCCUCAGAUAAAGAGACUUUCGACGAGAAGGUAAAAAAUGAUUAUAAUAAAAUAGAAGAUAAUUCAAGUUCAUCGAGUGAAGAUAGCGAUUCAAGUGAAGAGGAAGUUGUUAUGAAUAAUCAAGAUAAUACUGAAAAGGCGAAGGAGUCGAAGAGUUCAGAUCCAGCUAGUUUAGAUUCUUCCGAAGAAAGUGAAAAUGAACAAAAUGUCACAACAAAUCACAAGGUAAAGGAAGAAUCAGACUCUUCCGAUGAAUCAUCUGACGAAAGUGAAAGUUCAUCAAGUGAAAAAAGCAAAAUUUCUAAUGCGGCUGAUACUCAAGAUAACAUGAAAAACAACGGUCAAAUAAGUAGCAGUAGUAUUAAAUCAGAAAAUGGAGAAAAUGGUGGUAUUAAAGAUAAAUCAUCAAUAAAAAAUAAUUCGAAACGUAAACUAAUGGAUGAAACAAGUUCUGAAUUAGUUAAGUUGGAGACAGUUAAUCACAAUUGUUCACCGCAUGAAAUAAAUGAAAAGAAUAUUAGUUCGAAUGGGUUAAAACAUAAUCUUGACACAUGUGAUGAAGCUAUAUCACCUUCGAAGAAACUAAAUUCGAGUGCAUUAAGUACCAUGCCUAUACCAUAUUUCACAACUACUAUUCACUUUAAACCUUUAUCCGUUCAAAAAAAUCAGAGGAAAAUUAAUAAAACAAAUCAAUUAGGAAACAAAAGCAAUAACAACGGUUCGACAAAUAAUCGUAGAAUAAAUCCAGACGAAGUAGAAUUUCUUGACGAACGGUUAAAAGACAAUAGUUUUUUGGCUAAGGGUGGCGCAGUUGGGUCUUAUGGUUAUAAGGCCCAUAAUGAUUUAAUCGUUACUCGAGGUAAAGACUUUCGUGCACAAAAAACUAAAAAGAAAAGAGGUUCAUAUCGUGGAGGUAAAAUUGAUUUAGAAUCUCACUCUAUCAAAUUUGAUGAGGAGGAUUAA